CCGUUGUUCAGACUAAAGUAAAUACACCAGAUUGCAGAUGCCAUUGUGCAGAUAUAGCUUGUUGACCUUAGCUGCUGAAAUUGAUCAACAUGGCUUGGGCGGAUAAAGUUACAUUUCCACAGGAUCUGUCAUUUACAGGUUUCCCUUUCAUGCCUAGGUGAAAUGCAUUGCAACGCAUUCUGGUAACGUCAGAAGUCCUUAACCCUCAUUGCCCGACCCCAAAUCCACCCUCACUAGCUGGCACUGUGAUUACAGUUUAAGGGUGGAAUGAUGAUGGGAUGGAUGUGAAUAUGGGCCAGUGGGCAGGCAUGCGAGCCCCUCUUCUCAACCUGACCCUGCUGCUACUCUUGCUGCUCUUCAAGCUAUCACCCUGCUGUAGCCAGAGCACCCAGGGGUUCCUUCACAAUGGACCUCACUUCAACUUCACUCAGGCUGUCUACCACUCCACGGUUUAUGAAAAUUCAGCAGCACGCACCUAUGCCAACAGUAAAGUUAAAAUGGGCAUCCACCUGGCACAACGCUCCUGGGAGAUUCGCUACAGAAUCACCUCAGGUGAUGACGAAGGAUUUUUCAAAGCAGAGGAGUAUGUGCUGGGCGACUUCUGUUUCUUGCGCAUAAGGACUAAAGGCGGUAACUCGGCUAUCUUGAACCGAGAGAUCCAGGAUAAUUAUGUAUUGACAGUGAAAGCAUCUGUCAAGGGAGAGGCCCUUCUAGAGACCUGGACCAAAGUCAGAAUCCAGGUCUUAGAUAUGAAUGACCUGAGACCUUUAUUCUCACCCACUACUUACUCUGUCACCAUAGCGGAGAGCACCCCUCUCAGGACUAGCAUAGCACAAGUUACUGCCACAGAUGCAGAUAUUGGAUCCAAUGGGGAAUUUUACUAUUUUUUCAAGGAGAAAAAUGAGUUGUUUGCAGUACAUCCAACCAGUGGUGUCGUUUCUCUCAGUGGAAAGCUCAAUAUUGAUGAGCAAAACCGGUAUGACUUGGAAAUCCUGGCAGUGGACCGUGGCAUGAAGCUCUAUGGAAAUAAUGGGGUCAGCAGUACAGCCAAGCUUUUUGUUCAUGUAGAACGUGUGAAUGAGCAUGCGCCAGUCAUGAGUGUGGUUACCCAUAGCCCCUUGUGGCUUGAUAAAAAUCCUGUCUAUGGUUUAGUCACUGUUGAGGACCUAGAUGAAGGACUAAAUGGAGAAAUAGACUCAGUGGUCAUUGUGGGUGGAGACCCCUCAGAGAACUUUUAUGUUGAAAGAUCUGAGGAAGGCGAGUAUGUCAUAAAGGUCUCUGAGUCAAUAAGGUGGGAGACUUGCCCUUAUGGCUGGAACCUCACUUUGCAGGCUAAGGACAGGGGAACCCCACAGAAAUUCUCUGCUGUGAAGGUUAUCCACAUUAUGGACAAGAAACAACAGACACCUGUAGCAAAGUUUGAGCGAGAGUUGUAUGAUAUUAUUCUGAAUGAAAUUUCACCACCAGGCACGAUUGUAGAGGCUGUUAAAAUCAAGCCAGAGCCUGAUGAUGCAGAAUAUAUUCUGACACCUUCUGCUGAUUCAGCCUUUUUUCAAAUAAACACCUUAACAGGUGUAAUCUCCACCACUUAUUGGUUCACUCAGGUGACAAAACAUGUAUUUAAUCUUGAGGUACUGGAAAUAGGUAGUGAGCUUAAAGUUAAUGUGAGGGUAACCAUUGAGGAUGCCAAUGACAACAUGCCAACUUUUGCUCAGUCCUCUUAUGAGAUUUCAGUUAAUGAAAGUGUACCAGUUGGGACCAAUGUAUUAACAGUUUCUGCAGUGGAUGAGGAUAAAGGAGAAAAUGGAUACAUAACAUAUACCAUUUCCAGCCUUCAAUCAUUACCUUUCAAAAUCAAUCAGUUUUCUGGUAUCAUCAGCACCACUAAAGAGUUGGACUUUGAAUCGUCAUCAGAGAGCUUUAUGUUUGUUGUCAGAGCAUCUGACUGGGGGUCACCAUACAGGCGAGAGAGUGAAGUCAAUGUAACAAUCCACCUGGAAAAUGUAAAUGAUAACCAGCCAUUAUUUGAAAAGAUUGCAUGCCAAGGGGUGAUCUCCAGGGAUUUUCCAGUAGAUGAAGUUAUUACUACAAUGUCUGCAAUUGAUAUAGAUGAGUUAGAGCUAGUAAAAUAUAAAAUAAUUUCAGGGAAUGAAUGGGGAUACUUUGAUCUCAAUCCGGAUUCAGGUGUCCUUCUACUGCAGCAUUCUCUUGCCACAGCCAGUGCAAAUAAUGAUAUCUUCAGUCUCAAAAUAACUGCCACAGAUGGUGAGAACUUCUCUGAUCCUAUGUUUAUUAACAUUUCAGUUACUGAUGAGAAAUCUCCCCCCCUAAGUUUUAACUGUAAAGAGACAAGGGUAGCCCAAAAGUUAGCUGAAAAGUUACUCAAAAAGUCAAAAGCUAAUACAAAGCCCAAAAUUGAUGAAGGUUUUAUUGACCUUUUCUCUGUCAAUCGGCAAACGCCCCAGUUUGACAAAGAUUUUCCCACAAAUAUUGCUGUGUAUGAAGACCUAAAGGUUGGCUCAAGUGUUUUUGUGGUGAAUGCCUUUGAUGGUGACACAGGUUUCAAUGGUCAGAUUCUAUACGCCAUUUCAGAUGGAAAUACUGACAACUGUUUUACCAUCAACAUGGAGACUGGCCUUAUCAGUGUCUUCCUGCCCAUGGACAGAGAAAAGAGGGAUCGCUAUCUUCUCAACCUAACUAUCUAUGACCUUGGCUUACCAUCCAAAUCUGCUUGGCGUUUGCUUACUGUUUACAUAGAGGAUGCUAAUGAUAAUGCACCCCAGUUUUUGCAAGAUGGAGGUUAUGUAAUUGUCAUACCUGAAAACACAGCCAUAGGCACAGAUGUCAUCCAGGUUACUGCCACUGACAAAGAUCUUGGACCCAAUGGGGAAAUUGCAUUCUCUGUUUUGACCAGUAACACCCAAUUUGGUAUCAACUCCACUAAUGGGAUAGUGUAUGUUGCUGGCCAACUAGACAGGGAGUUUGUUGCUGUUUUUAACCUGAAGAUUGAGGCCCGGGACAAGGCACAGAAAGGGAUCCAGAGGUUUUCUGUGACCACGUUGAAAAUCAUUUUGGAGGAUGUGAAUGACUGCCCUCCACUAUUUAUCCCUAGUGUGUACAAAGCUAGGGCUCUGGAGGAUCUCCCAGUAGGAACAGUUGUGGCCUGGUUAGAAACCCAGGACCCAGACUUGGGGUUGGGUGGCCAGGUGCGGUACUCUCUAGCCAAUGACUACAGUGGAUGGUUUGAGGUAGACAGGGCCAGUGGGGCUAUUCGACUGACGAAAGAGCUGGAUUACGAGACACAGCAGUUCUACAACCUCACUGUAAAAGCCAAAGACAAGGGAAGACCAGUUUCUCUUCUCUCUGUCACCUUUGUGGAGGUUGAGGUUGUAGAUGUAAAUGAAAAUCUCUACGCUCCAUACUUUUCCCACUUUGCCUUGACAGGAUUAGUCAAAGAAAAUGCCAGAAUUGGAACUACCCUACUCCAAGUCACAGCUAACGAUGAUGAUGCUGGCAGAGAUGGAGAAGUCAAGUACUCCAUUCAUGACGGGAGUGGGCUUGGACGAUUUGCCAUUGAUGAAGAGACAGGGAUGAUAUAUACCACUGACAGGUUGGACCGCGAGACCAAGGACUCCUAUUGGCUAACAGUGUAUGCCAGUGACCACGGCGUAGUUCCCCAGUUUGCCACUAUGGAGGUAUACAUCCAGGUGGAGGAUGUUAAUGACAACGCGCCACUGACAUCAGAGCCAAUGUAUCGGCCCUUAGUGCCUGAGAAUUCUCCACGGGAUGUUUCUGUGAUCCAGAUUCAGGCCCAGGACCCUGAUGCCACACCUCCCAUCAAUGCUGCUAGGCUCAACUACCGCAUCAUCAGUGGAAACCCACAGAAUUUCUUUACUAUCAACACCCGCACUGGCCUGAUCACCACAACCUCCAGAAAACUGGACCGUGAACAACAAAUAGAACACGUUCUAGAGGUGUUGGUGUCAGAUAGUGGUCCUAGUCCCAAGCAGAGUACAGUAUGGGUGAUGGUUCAGGUCUUGGAUGAAAAUGACAACAAGCCCACAUUUCCAGAGAAGGUCUACCAAGUCAAACUUCCAGAGAGAGAGCGGAGAAAGAAAGGCGAGCCUAUCUAUAGGGUGUUUGCUUACGACCGUGAUGAUGGCCCCAAUAGUGACCUCUCCUACAGCAUAGUGGAUGGCAAUGAAGAUGGGAAGUUCUUCAUUGACCCCAAGACUGCAGUUGUAUCUUCACGCAAAGCCUUCACUGCGGGGAGCUACGACAUCCUCACUAUCAAAGCAACAGACAAUGGCCGUCCUCAGAGGUCCUCCACAGCUCGCCUACACAUUGAGUGGAUUCGUCGACCCCCUGCCUCGACUUUCCCAUUGCUCUUCGAUGAGCCAGUCUACAAUUUCACUGUCAUGGAGAACGACAAGGUGGCCGAGAUUGUGGGGGUGGUGUCCCUGCAGCAGAGUUCUUCCCCGCUGUGCUUUGAUAUCACAGGUCCCAGAUCUUUCCAUGAGAUGUUCUAUAUCCUGCAGAGCGCUUGUGGCAGGAACUGUUCCUCAGAAGGUGGGAAUAAUGACGGUGUGUUUGACGUAGAGAAGGCUGUGGGCACCAUCAUCAUCGCCAAGCCCCUGGAUGCUGAACAGCACUCCUUCUACAACCUGACGGUGCAGGCCACAGAUGGAACCAAUACUGCAUACACACAGGUUCACAUCACUGUUAUGGACUACAAUGACAACGCUCCCAUCUUCUCCCAACCAACUUAUGAUGUCACUAUUUCUGAAGACACACCUCCUGAUACUGAGGUAGUCCAGGUUCGGGCUUCAGACCGUGAUGAGCAUCAUCGGUUGACCUACUCUCUGCAGAACUCCAUAGACCCCAGUAGCAUGCGUCUGUUCCACAUCCACCCCACCCUGGGCACCAUCUACACUGCUCAGAGGCUGGACCACGAAUCCUGUGCCCAGCACAUCCUGACCGUUAUUGUGAAGGACCAAGAGUUUCCAUACAGAAAGAGCCUGGCUCGUGUGCUGAUAGAGGUGGAAGAUAUAAAUGACCAUGUACCUAUCUUCACCAGUGCUCUGUAUGAAGGCUUUGUCUAUGAGUCAGCUGCAGUGGGAUCAGCUGUGGUCCAGGUCACUGCCCUGGACAAAGACAAAGGCGCGAAUGCAGAGCUACACUACUCCAUUGAAGCAGGGAACGAUGGAGAUACAUUCCAUAUUGAACAAGUUCUGGGUAUCAUCACUGUUGCACAUGAUCUGGACUUGUCCAGCAUAGGCCAUUAUAUUCUCACUGUCAGAGCUACAGACAGUGGCUCCCCUCCCCUGUCCACCACCACUGUAGUGCGUAUUGCUGUCACUCUCUCUGACAACACUGGCCCAAAGUUCCCUCAGCCUGAGUACCAGGCUGAGAUCACAGAGAAUGCGAUAGUGGGGACCUCCGUUGCCACAGUCAGUGCAGUCAGCCAGUCAACCCUCACAUAUGACAUCAAGCAAGGCAAUACCAAUCAUGUUUUUCAGAUAAAUCAGUACAGUGGAGUGAUUACAACUCAGAAGUCUCUAGAUUAUGAGACCACAGCAUCUUACACCCUCAUAGUUCAGGCUGUCAACAUGGCUGGCAUGGCCUCCAAUGCUACUCUCUUAAUCCAGGUAAGGGAUGAGAAUGAUAACCCACCAGUUUUCCAGCACCUUCACUAUCAUGGCAGCAUCAGUGAGGCAGCACCAGUCAAUAGUGUGGUCUUGAACUCAGAUGACUCACCCCUAGUAAUCAAGGCCACUGAUGCUGACCGCAACCAAAAUGCUCUGUUGGUCUACCAGAUUGUUGAGGACACUGCAAAAAUGUUCUUCACAGUGGACUCUGGAACUGGUUCCAUCAGAACUAUUGCUAAUAUAGACCAUGAGACCAUUUCCAACUUCCACUUUCAUGUCCAUGUGAGGGACAGUGGUAGGCCACAAUUGACAGCAGACAGUCCAACUGAAGUCACGAUACAGGUGAUUGACACAAAUGAUUCACCACCUUGCUUCACCCAAAAUAGCUAUAAAACAGUCCUACUGCUCCCCACAUAUGUGGGAGUAGAGGUUUUGCAGGUUUCAGCCAUAGACCCUGACAGAGAUGUCUCUACAGAACUCACCUACUCUGUGACUGAGGGAGUACUAGAGCACUUUGCUAUCAAACCAUCCAGUGGGGUCAUAAUUGUCAAACACAAUAACUUCUCCAAAGAACAUUUUCGCUUUAGUGUCAAAGUUUCAGAUGGGAAAUUCUCCAGCACAGCUUUGGUGACCAUUCUUGUGCAAGAAGCUCUGGACGCUGGGCUCAGCUUUAGCCAAAGCGUUUACUCUUCAUCCAUUCAAGAGAAUGUGUCAAAUAUCACCAAAGUGGCUGUUGUCAAUGCUGUAGGAAACCGUCUCAAUGAACCACUGAAGUACAACUUGUUGAAUGCUGGUACAUAUUUCAGAAUUCGUCCAACUUCUGGCGUGAUCCAAACCACAGGCAUACCCUUUGACCGUGAAGCGCAAGAGUUCUAUGAACUGGUUGUCGAGGCAAGAAGGGAGCACGAUCAUGUGCACGUCGUCAGAGUUAUGGUUAGAGUCCAUAUUGAGGACGUAAAUGAUAAUGCCCCUGUAUUUGUUGGACUACCUUAUUAUGCAGCCGUUAAAGUAGAAGCUGAGCCAGGAUCACCUAUUUUCAGAGUUAUGGCAGUAGAUGGAGAUAAAGGUGUUAAUGGAGAGGUGUCUUACUACCUCAAGGAUGACCAUGGUCACUUUGAGAUUAAUCGGCAGACAGGCAGUCUCAUCCUCAAGAAGGCUUUUGAGUCAGACCUGUCUAAUGUGGACUACCAGAUGGUCAUAUAUGCCAGAGACGGUGGUUAUCCAUCUCUAUCAUCUACUACAGAGUUUCCAAUCACAGUAGUCAAUAAAGCCAUGCCCGUCUUUGACAAAUCAUUUUAUUCUAUCUCUGUGAAUGAGGAUGUCGCUGUGCACACUCCUAUAGUCAGCAUUAAUGCCACUAGUCCGGAAGGUCAAAACAUAAUCUACACCAUUGUUGAUGGAGAUCCAUCUCUUCAGUUUGAUGUUGGUUUUGAUACUGGAGUUAUAAGUGUCAUACACUCUUUGGACUAUGAAGAAACAUCAUCUUACCACCUGACCAUUAGAGCCACAGACUAUCUGACUGGUGCCCAUGCUGAGGUUGAUGUAGAUCUGACUGUCCAGGAUGUAAAUGAUAACCCACCUAUCUUCCACAAAAUGUCCUAUAGGGUUGUUUUGUCUGAAACAGCCAUGAUUGGAACAGCAGCACUUCAAGUUAUGGCCACUGACAAAGACUCAGAGAAGAACAAUGUUGUUCGCUAUCAGAUCUUCUCAGAUGCACAUAACAGCACAGAUUACUUUCACAUUGAUAGCAGUAGUGGAUUAAUUCUCACAGCACGUAUGCUAGACCAUGAACUAGUUCAGAAGUAUAACUUUAUUGUCAGGGCCACUGAUAAUGGGUUCCCACCUUUGAGUACUGAAGUAUCAGUCACAGUUGUGGUGAAUGACAUGAACGACAAUCCUCCAGUUUUUAACCAGCUGCUCUAUGAAGCAUACGUGAAUGAGUUAGCACCUAGAGGUCACUUUGUAACAUGUGUCCAGGCCUCAGAUGCUGACAGCAUGGAUUUUGACAAGUUGGAGUACAGCAUUCUAUCAGGGAAUGAAAGAAUGAACUUUGUGAUGGACAAAAAGACAGGAAUCAUCACACUGUCCAGCCAUCUUAAGCAAAGAAUGGAGCCCGUCUACAGCCUCAAUGUUUCAGUGUCUGAUGGGGUGUUCACCAGCACUGCACAGGUUCAUGUUAAGGUCUUGGGAGCCAACCUGCACAGUCCAGUGUUUGGACAGAAUAUGUAUGAAGUAGAGCUACGAGAGAAUUCUGCUGUGGGAACCAAAGUUGUACAAGUUAAGGCAACUGAUGCAGACCCUGGAGUGUUUGGUUACAUCAUUUAUUCCUUUGUUAAUAAUAUGGGCAAAGACCAAUUUAGCAUUGAUGCAAGUGGUCUGAUCACCACUGUAGAAAAGCUUGAUCGUGAGGACCCAGACAAUAAGGACAUUGUUCUGACAGUGGCAGCCCAAGACUCAGGUGGUUAUGUUUCUUACACUACUGUACACGUUACUCUGUUGGAUGAUAAUGAUAAUGCACCUCGCUUCUAUGCCACAGAGUACCGAGCAUCAGUCAAAUCUGAUGUGGCUGAAGGUUUUUUGGUUACACAGAUUCAGGCUUAUGAUCCUGAUGAUGGUACCAACGCCAAAGUAAUAUAUUCAAUUUACAGAGAGGCACAUGUCCCUGUGGUAGACAUUUUGGAGAUAGACCCAGAUAAUGGUUGGAUGGUGACUAAAGGCAGCUUCAGCCACCUGAGGAACUCAGUAUUAUCUUUUUUUGUGAAGGCUAUGGAUGGAGGAAAUCCAGUUCGGCACUCUCUAGUGUCUGUCUACAUCCAUGUUCUUUCUCCAGAUGCUUUUAUUCCUUCUUUUGACCAACAACAGUAUUUAUUUAGCAUGCCAGAGGAUACUCCCAUAGGUUCAGCAAUAGGGACAGUGUGCCUCAGUGCUCCUCCUGGAUAUGCCUCACUCUCUGCUACCUUUGCCCUGGCUAAUGGAAAGACUGCAGAAAACAACCAAGAUGGUGUAUUUGUGGUGGAAAAGGAUACAGGUUUGAUCAAACUUGAUAAGCCCUUGGAUCAUGAGAUGAUCAAAAGAUACCACUUCAAAGUCACUGCCACUGUACAACAGGCUAAACUGGAUUCUGUGACUUCUGUUGAUGUUGAAGUCAAAGUGUCAGAUAUAAAUGAUAACAAACCAGCCUUUGAGGCAAACUCCUAUGAUGCCACAAUUAUGGAGGGACUGUCAGCUGGAACUAGAAUCCUUCAAGUCCGAGCAUUAGACCCAGACUCAGGAGCCAAUAGUCAGGUAACAUACAGUCUUGGGGUUUUAAUCCAACCAGAAAGGGAUUCGGAGACAUUGGCUGGCACAUUUAUCAUUGACAGCAAUACAGGCUGGAUUUCCACACGUAUGGACCUGGACCAUGAGACCAAUCCAUCCUACACAUUCACUGUGGUGGCGUCAGACCUUGGGGAGACCCUGUCUUUUUCCAGUACCACUUCUGUGACCAUAGCAGUUUCAGACAUAAAUGACAACCCGCCAAGGUUCUUGGAGCAGCACUACUUUGGCUCAGUUCAGGAGAGCGACCCUCCAGGUGAGGUGGUGGCAGUACUGAACACCAGAGAUGAUGACAGCUCCGCCAUUAAUAGACAAGUCAGCUACCACAUCACUGGUGGGAACUAUCGUGGUGCGUUCGCACUGGGUUUGGUUCAGGGUGAAUGGAAGAUGUAUGUGAAGUGGCCACUGGACAGGGAGGAACGUGACCUUUACAUAAUCAAUGUAACUGCAAGUGAUGGACUCUUUGUUUGUCAAGCAACGGUGGAGGUGGCAGUGAUAGACACAAAUGACAACAAUCCCAUCUGUAACCAGGCUGUGUACACUGCUUCAAUUCCAGAGGACCUCCCUCUCAACAGUGUGCUUCUGAGAGUUGGAGCAACAGAUGCAGAUAUGGGAAUCAAUGCUUGGAUCCAGUACUCCUUACAUGGUCCUAGAUCCCAUGACUUCAGCAUGGAUCCAGACACUGGUGAGGUUAAGUCAUCUGUGAUUCUGGAUCGUGAGAUGACACCCAACUAUCGGCUGGUUGCUCAGGCAACUGAUGGUGGUGGCCGGUGGUGCCAUGCUGAGGUGCUGCUAAUAGUAACAGAUGUGAAUGACAAUCCACCUAUCUUCACAAUGUCACAGUACACCGCCAGCAUCUAUGAAGACACAGUUCCCAAAGCCCUGCUCACCCGCAUCCAAGCUAUAGACCCGGAUGAAGCAGGUCUGGGCCGUAUGGUGAUCUACUCCCUGGCUGACUCUGCGGGAGGUUCCUUUUCCAUUGAUAAGUCCUCCGGCAUUGUGGUCUUGGAACGCUUUCUUGACCGUGAGGUCCAACCCUCCUAUCAGAUAACAGUCCAUGCAUCUGACUUAGGUUCACCACUGCCACUCUCCUCAUUCGUCAAUGUCACAAUCACUGUACUUGACAUUAAUGACAACCCACCUGUGUUUGAGCGACGUGAUCAGCUGGCAACAGUACCAGAGGAUGUAGGAGUGGGAACGGAAGUUCUGAGAGUUUAUGCUGCCAGCAAGGACAUUGGGACCAAUGCUGAGAUCACUUAUAGUAUCCGAUCAGGGAACGAGCAUGGAAAGUUCCACAUCCAUGCACUGACUGGUGCCAUUUCAGUUGCCCAGUUGCUGGACUAUGAGACCUGCAGAGACUACUUCCUGACAAUAGAGGCUCGUGAUGGUGGUACACCACCACUUAGUGCUAUUACUACAGUGAACAUAAACCUGACAGAUGUCAACGACAACGCACCCAUGUUUAGCUCUGACCUCUACACUGCAGUGGUGUCAGAGGAUGCCACCAUGGGAGAGUCUGUCAUCCGGGUGGUAGCAGAGGAUGUUGACAGUCAGCUCAAUGGAGCUAUCCUCUACUCCAUCAUCAGUGGAGACCGUGGCAACCAGUUUUUCAUUGACCCACUCAGUGGCGUAAUCAAGGUCAACAAGCAACUGGACCGUGAAACAAUUCCCAGCUAUUCUUUGACCAUCAGGGCUUUGGAUAGUGGAAUUCCACCCAUAUCCUCCACUGUGAUGGUCAACAUAGAUAUAUCUGACAUCAAUGACAACCCACCAACCUUCUUCCCAGCCAAUCUCACCGUAGUCACACAGGAAAAUAAGCCAGUUGGCACCAGCAUUUUGCAGUUGUCCAUCAGAGAUCAGGAUUCCUCCCACAAUGGCCCACCCUUUGACUUCCGCAUCCUGUCAGGAAACGAAGGUGGAGAGUUUAUGCUUGAAAAAAAUGGAACACUGGUGGCCAAUCAAGUAUUCAGAAGGGACCUAGCAACUGAAUAUGUUAUUCAGAUACAGGUGACAGACUCAGGGAAGCCUCGUCUGUCCUCCACCUCCAUGCUGACAGUCAGGGUGAUUGAGGAAAGCCUUCAUCGUCCAGUGGCAUUGCCACUAGAAGUACAUAUUGUCACAAUGGAGGACGAGUUUCCUGGUGGUGUAAUUGGCCAGCUGCACGCUACGGACGCUGACCCAUAUGAUGCACUGACUUUUGGCCAUGCCCUUCCAGCACAGCGCAGUCUCUUUAAGAUCAGUCCUCAUGAUGGUAAGAUCAUCGCCCUGGGAGGGUUGGAUGCAGGCAGGUACUCUCUCAACGCAAGUGUUAGUGAUGGCCGCUUUGCUGUGCCUGUGCCUGUGAGUGUGCAUGUGGAGCAGGCAACACCAGAGAUGCUACGUGAAGCAGUAACAGUGCGCUUUGAGAGCGUGGCACCCCAAGACUUUGUGGCAUUGCAUCUAAAGAGUGUCUUCAAAGUGCUACAGCAGACUGCUGCUUCUCAACAGCAAGACACAGUGCACCUGCUCAGUUUGCAGCCAGUUGGCGGGACGCAACAGCUGGACAUGCUUAUUGCUGUGGAAACAGCAACGAAUGGGUACUACAAAGCAGCCUAUCUCACCCAGAAGCUUAGUGCAUCACGGCGGCAGUUGGAGGAGGUCCUCAGAGUGUCAGCCAUCUUGGAUAAGAACUGCUCAGGGCUGGAAUGUCGUGGGGCACAGUGUGAACAGAGCAUCAUUUUGGACUCACACAGCCUUGCCACAUACAAUACCCCACGGGUCAGUUUUGUCUCACCACGCUUCCAUCGCACCUCACGCUGCACAUGCAAUGAUGACAGCUGUGCUGUCCUGUCCGAACAGUGCAAGGACCAGCCAUGUCCAGCAGACAUGCAGUGUGUUUCAGUUGAGGCCAACAGAGGGCGCUACGCAUGUCAGUGUCCGCUGGGAAAACUUGGAGAGUGUGCAGGCCAUUCAUCGCUGAGUUUCUCAGGUAACAGCUACAUCAAGUACAGACUGUCAGACCGGCUGCAGAUGGAGCUGAAAGUGAGCCUUAGAAUCAGAACACUGCAGAGCCAAGGAAUCAUCAUGUACACACAAACUGAACCCUGCAUGGUGCUUAAGCUGGAGGAGGGGAAGCUGUGGUUCCAGCUGGCCUGUGGCCUUGUUGAUAGUGGUGGUGGUGGUAAUAGUCCAGACGUGUUGGGUGUCUCUGGCCGUCGAAUCAAUGAUGGCAGCUGGCACACAGUGGCACUAGAGCUGAACCGCAACUUCAGCAGCUUGGCGCUGGAUGACAGCUACAUUGAGCAACGCCGUGGACUGCCAUUCAUGCAACUUGCUUUGGACAGAACCAUCUACUUUGGAGCACUGGUACAGCAUCCCAACUCUCGCGGGGUUGUGGACUCCCAGAAGGAUCCUCAGGUGGUUGAGGGUUUCCAGGGCUGCCUAGACUCAGUCAUGAUGAACAACAAAGAGCUGCCGUUGCAGAACAAACGUUCACAUGAUGCAGAGGUGGUGGGACUGACAGAGAUGAAGUUGGGCUGCAUCCUCUAUCCUGAUGCUUGCCUGCAGCAACCCUGCCGUAAUGGAGCUACUUGCACAAGCCUGCCCUUUGGUGGGUUCACGUGCAGCUGUAGCCCCCAGUACACUGGUGGGCGCUGUGAGAUGGAGAUAACGGCGUGUGUUCCCAACCCGUGUCGAAAUAGUGGCACAUGUAAGCCCAUCGGUAAUGCGUUCCUCUGCAGCUGCAGGAGAGGCUUCAAAGGUCUGAGCUGUGAGGAAGAUGUGAAUGAAUGUGACCGUAGCAAUCCAGAGGGUGAGUGUGAGAACGGCGGCAUCUGCGUUAACACUCAUGGUUCCUUUUACUGUAACUGCACAGCGGGCUUUGUGGGCCAGCGCUGUAGCCUACGGCCCGUCGUCGUCCCUGACAUGCAGGCAGGUCACACUGUUGUUGGUAAAGAGGAGCUGAUCGGCAUUGCUGUGGUGCUUUUUGUCAUCAUCACCCUCAUCAUCCUCUUCAUUGCUUUUCGCAAGAAGGUUUUCCAGAAAAACUAUUCUCGGAGCAACCUUUCUCUGGUCCAGGACCCUGCCACUGCUGCACUCCUCAACAAGGCCAAUGGUGUUCAGUUUAAGAGCCUACACUGCACACCAGGGGAACCUCUCAACAUGUAUGCAGAGUCUGCGGGUCUGGGGCCUACUGUGGUGGGUGGGGGGGGGUUGAUGGGACCUCCACAGGUUCCUGUGAGACCCUUAGCAUACACACCCUGUUUUCAAGGAGACCCACGGUCCACACUGGAAAAAGUGGAUGGCCGUGGUGUGGAAAAUACAGAGAUGAGCACCUUUCACUCAGAGUCACCAAAGAUCCUGUCAGGAACCACCAGGAGGGGAGUGGUGGUGUGCAGUGUGGCCCCCAACCUGCCGCCAGUGUCGCCCUGUCGCUCAGACUGUGACUCCAUACGCAAGAGCCCAUGGGAUAGUGAUGAGGGUCCAAUGGUUGAUACGGCAGAUGAAGUUAUGUGUUUAUCUGGGAGCAACAAAGGCAGUAAUUCAGAGGUCCAGUCUCUGAGCUCCUUCCAGUCUGACUCUUGUGAUGACAAUGCCUCCAUAGUGACCGUCAUUCGACUGGUCAAUGAUGCAGUCGACACAAUCGAAAGUGAAGUGUCAGUUAUGGACAACGGUCAAUCCUACAACAGAGCAUAUCACUGGGAUACAUCAGACUGGAUGCCAAGCACCAGGCUGUCAGACAUCGAAGAGGUGCCAGGCUAUGAAGCAAGUCCCGGCAGCGAUGUAGCAGUCUCAACCCCCUGCCUUGGAGAAAGCACUCAUGAAUUGGAGUCAGAGUAUUACCUGGGGGGCUAUGACAUUGACAGUGACUACCCCCCUCCCCACGAAGAAUUUUUGAGUGAAGACCAGCUCCCACCUCCACUGCCCACAGGUGAGGACUUUCCUGAGCCCUAUCCACUGAUGCCAGACAUUCCACCGGUCUCCAAGGAAAGCACCAUCAGCUCUGCCAGCAAUUGUUGUCAGCAUGCCAGGCCAUAUUUUCACCCCAGUCAAUACCUGCCUCCACACCAGCUGCCACUUGGGGAGGUGCCCCAUGGGGACAUUAGCACUUCAGUCAGUGGGAUAGGUCUAGGAAAUGUUGAUACUGAUGGCUCUGUGUCUGUGUCACUAAAUAUGCGACUUUCUGUUGGUGCAUUAUCAGCCUCAGACAUGUCUGCCUCUUGUGGACUUGAUGACUCUGAACAUAAUAGUGACUUUGACAGGAUGGGUGAGUUUUGUCGAGGGGUGACCAUUAUCACCGACUCACAGCAACAGACUGAGGUGUGAUUGAUUGACCGAUGCGGGAAUGCAGCAGGAUGUAUUAUGGACCAGAAGGAGCAUAACUUUGAAGUUUCCUUCCUGUUCCAAAAGGGAAUUACAUGAAGGGAAUAGUGUAGAGAAUAUGAAUGAGAAAGAUGAAUACAUAAGGACUGAUAUUUACAGAUGAGGUAGAGAAAAUUAAAAGAGAAAAACAAAAUAUGAAUAUAAUGGACAAUCAUGGGAGUGAAAGGGUUGUUUGGUUCCCUGCUUGUUCACAAAAGCCAUCAGGGAAGACAGUGCAUCCCACACUGACCUCAUCAGACCACUUCUUUCCCAAAAAAAAAGACACGAAUCUCCAUUGUCCUUUUUUCUAUUUGAUUUAUAAACUUUGUACAGCUUGAGCUUGUCCAGAUAUUGUAAAAUAUAUGACCUUACUUGUCAAUAAGUAUGAUUAUAAGAAUGAAACAUUGUUGAGGCCACAUUUCAAAAAGCCCCCUCAAUUAUGUUCUCUCUUUUGCCCAUGAUGUGUCAUUGAUCUUCCUGCUUCAUUUUUUUGUACCAAUUGGUGUGGGGAAGCCAAAAGCUGUUGUAUUUAAGACCUGUGAUCAUGAGAUGACAAAUUACUCAUUAUGUUUAAGAAAUAGUACUUACUACUACUGAGUUUUUAAAGACUAUUUUUCUAGGAUAAAUGACAAAUUCUAGUGUUACCCAAAAUUGCAUCAGGAUAACAGGUUACCAAGUUUCAUUGCUUAUCCAAUUCAUUUUAAGACUGAACUGGAGAGGGAUAAAACUUUAUGUUUAAACAAAAUUAACUUACUGUUGUCUUAUUACAAAAUGAUUUCAGCUGCUGUUAAGUUGAAUUCAGAGUUACCUUACAGCUACUAUGUUGCUGUUACAUUAUUACAACAUAGCAAUGAAAUGUUGGUAACUUUAUCUCUCUCAAGAAAAUUGCGGUUACCAAGAAACCAGGUAAGCUCCCAUGUAAACUGUAGGUUUGCAUGGAAUUUAACCUAGGUGUAUUAACAGUACUAAAGCAAUGUUUACUUUGUUUCAUUGUUGACAUAUUGCAUGUUAAACAAAACCACAAAAAUAUAUAUCACAUCAUCUCUAUGCAUUGUACAAACAGCUGUAAUAAAAAUAUAUUGCCUUUUUCUUUUUCUGACUUCCAAAACAAAUGCAACCCCAUAGCUUGAUAAAGAUCUUUACCAUAUGAAGACUGUGGUGCUCAUACCAUUUUUGGCCAAUGGAAAUCAAAUUCUUUGUAGCUGAUGUGAUCUGAAUACUUCAUUUACAGCAUUAACAGUCUGGGGAAUAAAAAUGAGUACCAAAACAGCAUAGUUUGUUAGCUUUUAAGAAUUGUCAAAUUAAGAUGUGAUCAUGAGAAAAGUUUAUCCUCAUUUAACAAUAUAGAAGAAAUAGUAAUGUUAAGAUAGAACUCCUAGAAAGAUAUAUCAGUAACCACAUCCAGUCUUUACAUCAGUUCUUUGUGUGUGUGUAAUUGUACUAGUAAUUUGGUGUUGGCUUCUGAUUACAUUUUUGACGGUGUUAAUUUCGUUGACAAAUAAUUUUCGUCAACUAAUGCACAAGGACAAAAACUGUGAAAAAAUCUGUUGACAUUUUCAUCAACGAAUAAAAACGAGAUGAAAAUAAUUGCUAGAGUCGAAAUACAAUUUGGAUUUCGAAAAUUAUUUGUUAACGAAAUUAAAAGUGUUUUUUGAUUUAAUUUUGUACGGAAAUUGUGCAGGUCUUGGAGGCACUAUAUGAUUGUUAUUAUUCAAUAAAGGUAAGAAAAGAAAAGGUUAAAUAAAGAGAGAGAAAGAGAGAUUGUAAUGGGUACUAUGCCACUGCAGAGUUGGAAAUCAUUGAAAAUAAUAAUAAUAGUAGUAAUAUACAACCCUGAGUUGAUGUCUUUAUUCAAUCUGGUUUCCACCUACCUAGUUGAUGUUAUCACAACAUUAUUCCCAAAAGCAAUGUGGAGCAGACACAUUUUUUGCUGUAUUGCAUUCAGUUUUGUAACUUUGCAUUUUCACCAUUACUGCAGACAGUCAAACCCUUGCCCUGGUCACUGAUGACUUAGUUACCAUUGGGCCUGUAAGACAGUUCAUAGCUUAGAACAUAUUGGACUGCUUCAGAUCAUCACUCUAUUGUACUAUAAUCUGCCUGAUCCAUUCAGGCAUGCAGCUCCUUUUUUUCUUUGCAAAAGAUGUAUGCUUGGUUUUAAACCUCUGUACAGUGUACAUAUCUAUGUUGUUAAAAUACAGAUUUUGUAGACAUGGAAUUGCAAUUGUGAACUGCCUGAAGUUUUCUUUCUUUCCAUCUUUGCUUGGACCGACCUUUGCAGUCAAAAAGACAUUCAUUAUUCUUCUGACUCAAGAUAUUACAUCUAAACAAAUGUUUAUUUUGUUAGGAUUAUGAGGAAGUCUUUUUGUACGUUUCUUUCACCUAUAAAAUCUGAUGAUUUCCCUGUGUUUCAGGACAUUGGGCAAUAUCAAAAAUGUGUCCCUGAUUUGCAGAAAUUUAGUGGGGUUUUUUUUCCUUUUUUUCCCAGUUGAGUGCAGAAAAUAAAAAGGUUGUCACCCAAA